AUGGUAACCGGUCUGGACCAUCCUGUUCAGCGUGUGGUCGUCCAGCGUGAGCUUUUACACGACUGGAGGCUGACUACCGGCAACGCGACACUCGCUUGUUACUCAUACACACAGAGAAAAACAGUUCGUCAAACCGUUUUAGACAAACAAUCUACAAGCAAUCUUGUAGAGCUGCACUGUCUGGUCCACGGCCUUGUGCAUGUACUCGUCAUAGUUGUAUUUUCUCUAAAACUUCGUCAGCGAUUUGAUGUUUAUACCAUUGAUCUUCAUUUCGCAAUCCCAAGCGUGCUUUAG